CCAUCUCAUCUCGUUUCAAAAAAAAAAAAAAAAAACAACCAUCUCGUCUCCCUCCUCUCCCAAUUCCCUAUCUCCAAACGAUCCCUUCCCUCGCCGCCGCCGUCUCGUCUCGCCCCCCUCGCAAGCGAAAACCCUAGGUUAGGGGACGGGAGCCCCGCCCCGCGCCGCGGCGCCAUGGACGCCAUCCGGAAGCAGCUCGACCAGCUCAUGGGCGCCAACCGCAACGGCGACGUGCGGGAGGUCAGCCGCAAGUUCUACGACCGCGACGUCUGCCGCCUCUACCUCGCCGGCCUCUGCCCCCACGACCUCUUCCAGCUCACCAAGAUGGACAUGGGGCCGUGCCCGAAGCUGCACUCGCUGCAACUGCGCAAAGAAUAUGAGGAAGCCAAAGCCAAGGGUACAGAUAACUAUGACCGUGAAUUGGAAGAAACAAUUGAACGACUUAUUGUUGAGUGUGAAAGGAAGAUUCAGAGAGCCCUUAAGCGCUUGGAGGAGGACGAUGCUAAGGCAGCCAUUGCUAUAUCUGUCACUGAGGUUACACAGACUAAAGAAGUAAUGGAGUUAUCCAAACAAAUUAGGCAGAAGAUGAAGGAUAUCGAUGCUUUUGAUCUUGAGGGUAACACAGAGGGAAAAAUUCGGGCCACUGAAGAACUUGACAAGCUAAAAGAACAGAGGGCCGAAGAGCAGGCAAAGAUGUUACUCGAGGCUUUCAACAAAGAUCGUGCCUCUUUAAUAAAUUCUAUUCAAAAUGCCACUCAAACAACUACACCUGUCCCCCCUGCUGCUCCAGAUGCGCGGACACAAGAAAUGAUAAAUGAGAAACUGAAAAAGGCAGAAGAACUAGGUGAGAGUGGAAUGAUUGAUGAAGCUCAAAAAUUGUUGGAUGAGGCAGAAGCGCUGAAGAAGCUGAGUGCCCGGCCACAGUCUGUUCCAGACUCUUCAAAAAUGACAGCUCAUGUCCAGAUUACUGACCAAAAGUUGCGCCUAUGUGACAUAUGUGGAGCAUUCUUGAGCGUAUAUGACAGUGACCGCCGUCUGGCAGAUCAUUUUGGAGGGAAACUUCAUAUGGGUUAUAUGCUCAUACGUGAGAGAUUAUCUGAACUGCAGGAAGAAAAGAACAAAAAGCGGAAGUUAGACCGACCUGAGUAUGACAGAAGGUCCAGGGAGAGGAGUGGGGAACGUGAGAGGGCUUCAAGCAGGGAUCACCGCAGAGGAGACCGCAGCAGCAGCCGUGACAGGGAUUAUGACCGCAGAAGAAGCCACGAUCGCUAUCAUGACAGGGAAAGAGAGAGAGAAUCUGGUCGAUCUCGUAGUUAUGAUUCAAGGAGCCACCGCAGGUCACGUUCACGUUCCCCAAGGGGAAGUUCUAGGGAUUAUGAUCGAUAUGGGCGUCACGAACGUCGAGAUCGGUACUAGAUGCAAGAAACCUUGUCGAAGUUUAGGGUUUACCCUACCCUCGGUGUUCCUGCUGGGGAAUUCAAGAGAGGGUUUAGGUGACUACCCCGUGACUGGAAGGCAUCAACUCUUCAUAUGCAUUGCAUUAUAACCAAGGGAUAGGAUCUGACAUAAUCAAUGUGCUAUUAUCAUGUAAACAGAUUGUGUUGUCAUGUUUUGGUGCGCACUCAAAUUAUGCUAAGCCCCUCGCCAAAUCUGUCAGUUAUUCAACGCAGGUGAUUUCUGAGGUGGGACUUGUAACAACUACAGUACCACUGUAGAAGUUGCAGUGCCUGUGGUAUAUAAAUUUAUAUUCUGGUCAAGGCUGUUCUAAUUUC